AUGAAAGAAGUUUAUGGGAUUUAUAGGAGUGGUGGGGGUUGCUUCUACGUAAAAUGGGAUGAUCUUAGAAGUAGGAAAUUUUAUUUAUUUGCUUCUACUCUUAGGAUGGUGGUUUUUCCAACCGUAAAGAUAAGGUAUACAUUCAAGUUGACAGUGGAUUACGGAAAGACGUAUUUGCUCCGAAUGAUUAAUGCCGUCAUGAACAACAUUAUGUUCUUUAAAAUUGCAAACCACAAUAUAACUGUUGUUGGAUCAGAUGCGAGCUAUACUAAGCCCAUAAAUAGUGAUUAUAUUACCAUCUCUCCGGGCCAAACCAUUGAUUUCUUGUUAAAAGCUAACCAGAAACCUGGCCAUUACUACAUGGCUUCAAGGGUUUAUGCCAGUGCAGGCGUUUAUGACAACACGACUACAACAGCUAUUGUUGAGUAUCGAGGGAAUUAUACUCCACCAGCAUCACCAUUACUCCCAACUUUUCCUGAUUUCAAUGAUACAGGUGCUUCAGUUAAUUUCACUGGACAGCUGAAAAGUUUAGCAAAUAAGAAAUAUCCUAUUGAUGUUCCUUUAAAAGUGAGAACUAAAUUGUUCUUUACCCUUUCCAUUAAUGUAAUCCCUUGCGCCAAUGGUUCAUGUGAAGGACCUUUCAACAACCGUCUUUCAGCAAGUGUGAAUAACAUAACCUUUCAGCUACCAAGAGUCGACAUUCUUCAAGCUUAUUACGAGCAUAUCAAAGGUGUUUAUGGAAAUGACUUCCCGAAAAAUCCACCAUUUCAAUUCAAUUAUACUCAAGAUUUGGUCCCUCAAGACCUGUGGAUACCUCGAAAUGGGACAGAUGUAGUUGUUCUUGACCACAAUUCUGAGGUGGAGCUUGUCUUCCAAGGAACAAACACAGUUGCAGGGAUAGAUCAUCCCAUGCACUUACAUGGACAUAGCUUUUACGUAGUUGGAUGGGGAAUCGGAAACUUUGAUAAAGACGAAGACCCUAAACAUUAUAAUCUCGCGGACCCUCCUCUAAUGGAAACAAUUGCAGUUCCAAAAAAUGGUUGGACAGCAAUCAGAUUCAAGGCAAAUAAUCCAGGAGUGUGGUUGAUGCAUUGCCAUUUUGAGCGUCAUAUAAGUUGGGGAAUGGGAAUGGUAUUCAUUGUUAAAAAUGGCAAGAGCCGAGAUGCUAAAAUGCUUCGUCCGCCUCCAGACAUGCCAAAGUGUUAAAUGCUGAACAAAAUGGAGAUCUCUUAUGUAGGAGAUCGUUUAAUACUAGUGUGUGCUGCUUGUUGCAACUUGAAAUUUUGUACUGUGUGCUUCCUUUUUUGUGUAAUCUGUAAAUAUAUCUGAAUAAAGGAAUUGUUUGCUUGCAUCUAUUUAA